AUGCCGACUGAUACUAAACGAUUACGCGGCCCAGAUGUUUCCAAGAGUCCGUCUCUGUACUUCAGCAAACCACCUGCCACUGUCGCAUCGCACGGACCCAGAGCAGACGGUCGGCAGCGGGAUCAAGUUGACAUCCGGCCUAUUUUUGUCCGAUGCGGGCUGGUGAGCCAAGCUAAAGGCUCCGCGUACAUCGAAGCUGGGAACACCAAACUGAUGUGCUGCGCUUAUGGCCCAAGAGAAACAGAACGAAAAGAUGAAACCGAUAUGAAAUGUGGAAGGUUGAUCACAGACAUGCGUUUUGCUCCAUUUUCCUGCCCAGAGAGAACUUCCUGGAUACAGGGGACCCAAGACAGAGACCUGUCCCUGAUGCUGCAGGAGAGUCUGCAGCCUGCCAUAUGCCUGCACAAAUACCCCCGCUCUCAGAUCGAGGUCAACGUGAUGGUUCUUGAGAACAACGGAUCAGUUUUGGCACAUGCCAUCACAUGCGCUUCUCUUGCUCUUGCAGAUGCUGGGAUCGAAAUGUAUGAUCUGGUGCUUGGAUGUUCCAUGCGACAGGAUGGUGCUUCCUAUGUUGUUGACCCGUCGUACAUCGAGGAAAGCAGCUGCAGCUCUGACAGGGAGAACCAGGGCUGUCUAACUGUUGCAUUCCUCCCCAGUCUGAACCAGAUUUCUGGGCUGCAGUCAGAUGGAGAAAUGACUGAAGCGACUCUGACAACUGGAGUUCGUACCUGCAUUGAGGGAUGCUAUAAACUGUACCCUGUCAUUCAGCAGGCUCUGGCCAGUACUGUACGCAAGGCAGCUCCUCCACCAUCAGAAAGCUGAUACACUCAGGACCUGCUCACUUAAAAAUGAUUGCUGUAAAAUUCCCUGUGCUAUGUUUAAUACAAUUUUUGUAUGUUUGCUUUAAUGUUCCUUAAUUAAAAAUAUAAAUUCCAAGCAAAAGAUCAAAACAGUGAUACUG